AUGACUGAAUUCACCCAGAACCGCUACCAGUCGCCGUUGUCGACGCGCUACGCCUCCGAGGAGAUGAACUUUAACUUCAGCGACCUGAAGAAGUUCAGCACCUGGCGUCGCUUGUGGAUCAUCCUCGCGAAGGCGGAGAAGGAGCUGGGCAUUGAGAUCACCGACCAGCAGAUUGCCGAGAUGGAGAACAACUACGACAACAUCGACUUUGAGUUUGCUCUCGAGGAAGAGAAGAAGACGCGACACGACGUGAUGGCCCAUGUCAUUGAGUUUGGCCACAAGUGCCCCAACGCGGCGAAGAUCAUCCACCUGGGCGCCACCAGCUGCUACGUCGGCGACAACACCGACCUCAUCUGCAUCCGAGACGGCUUUGACAUUCUCCUGCCCAAAGUGGCCCGGUGCAUUAGUCGUCUGGCAAAGUUUGCCGAAAUGUACAAUUGGAUGCCGACGCUGGGAUUUACCCACUACCAACCAGCACAGAUGGUGACAGUGGGUAAGCGAGCCUGUCUGUGGAUGCACGAUCUAAUGAUUGCCCUGCGCAACAUGGAACGCGCCAAGGACAGUCUGGCCUUCCGCGGCUGCAAGGGCACCACCGGCACUCAGGCCUCCUUCAUGCAGCUCUUCAACGGCGACGAGGAGAAGGUGAAGAAGCUCGACCAGCGCGUCACCGAGAUGGCCGGCUUUCGACGCGCCUACGCCGUCACCGGGCAAACUUACAGCCGCCUGGUGGACGCCGAGGUCCUCAUGGGCCUGUCGCUGCUCGGCUCUGCCGUGCACAAGAUCUGCACUGACAUUCGCCUGCUGGCCAAUCGGAAGGAGAUUGAGGAGCCCUUUGAGAGCACGCAGAUCGGCUCCUCGGCGAUGCCUUACAAGCGCAAUCCGAUGCGCAGCGAGCGCUGCUGCUCCCUCGCCCGGCACCUGAUGACGCUGAGCACGAAUGCGCUGCACACCGCCUCGGUGCAGUGGCUGGAGCGGACGCUGGACGACAGCGCCAACCGGCGCAUUACCAUCGCCGAGGCCUUCCUCACCGCGGACAUUGUCCUCAACACGCUGCAGAACAUCUUCGAGGGCACCGUCGUCUACCCCGCCGUCAUUGGCAAGCACAUUAAGGAGGAGCUGCCCUUCAUGGCCACGGAGAACAUCAUCGUGGCGAUAGUGAAGAAGGGCGGCAACCGCCAGGAGGCGCACGAGAAGAUUCGCGUCCUCUCGCACGAGGCCGCCGGGCGGGUGAAGCGCGACGGGCAGAGCAACGACCUCAUUGAGCGCAUCCGCAAGGACGCCUACUUUGCGCCCAUCCACGCCGAGCUCGACUCGCUGCUCGACCCGAAGACCUUCAUCGGCCGUGCGCCCAACCAGGUGCUGGAGUUUAUUCGCGAGGAGGUCAGUCCGGUGCUGGCCCACUACAAGUCCUACCUGGAGGGCAAGGCGGUGGUCAACGUUUGA